AUGCCCCACGGGCCCUUCUGGGGCUUCAGUGCCCCAGGGGACCUCUUUUGGGGCUUUGAUGCCCCAGGGGCCCUCUCUGGGCCUUUGGCGACCCCAGGGGCUUCUCAAAGGCAGCAGCAUCCUCAGGAGACCUCCCAGGGAUGGUGGAGCCCCCAGGACCGCAGCGACAUCAGGGACCCUCCCAGCGGCGAUGAUGCUCCAAGGGCCCACCCAGCUGCGAUGGCACCCCCAGGGGCUCUCGUAUGGGCAACGAUGGCCCCAGAGACGGCGCCGCCCUCAGAAAGCAUCCUAGGGGCAAAGAAGACCCCAGGGACCCUCCCAAUGCCAGCUCCCCUAGGGACCCUACCAAAGACCCCCUGGGGCCCGAUGGGACCCUCACAGGGGUGUUGGAGGCCCAAGGUGACUCUCUCAAGGGCGGUGGCGUCCCCAGGGUCGAGGACGCCCCCAGGGACCAUCCCAAUAACCCUCCCAGGGGCGGUGGCGCCCCCAAAAACACUUCCAAGGUCGGCAUUGCCCACAGGGACUCUCCCAGGGGCAAGGAAUCCCCAGGAAACCUUCCUAGAAUCGGGGGCGCCACUAGGGUGCAUUCCUAGGGGCGAUGACGCCCCCGAGGACCCUCCGAGCGGCGGCAGAACUCCCAGGGGCCAUCCCAAAAGUGGUGGAGCACCCAGGGGCCUUCCCAGUGGCAGCGACGCCCCCAGAUACCCUGCCAGGGGCGGCAACGCCCCAGGGGCCCUCUCUAGGGCUUUGCCGCCCCAGGGAACCGAAUUGGGGCUUUGGUGGACCAGGGGCCCUCUCUGGGGUUUCGGCGACCCCAGGGGCCCUCUCAAGGGCAGCAGCAUUCCCAGGAGCCCUACCAGGGGUAGUGGAGCCCCGAAGAGCCCUCCUAGGGGCGGCGGCACCUCUAGGAACCCUCCCAGGGGUGAUGGCGCCCCCAGGAUUCCUUUCAGGGCGGUGAUGCCCCUAGGGAACAUCCAGGGGACCCUUCUAUGGGCGAAGGUGCCCCCACGUGUCCUAAUACAGGCGGCAGCGCUGUCAGGGCCAGCGAUGCUCCCAGAAACCCUUUCAGUGACAGCGGCGCCCCCAGAGAACCUCCAAGGGGAGACGAUGCUCCCAGGGACCAUUCCAGGGACCCUCCUAGGGGAGGCAACGCCCGCAGAAUCACCCCCAGAGUCUGCAGCUCCCCCAUGGGGCCUCCCAGCGGCUACGGUGCCUCUAGGGGCCCUCCCAGUGGAGAUGGAACCCCCAGGGGCUCUCUUGUGGGCAGCGACGCCCCCAGAAAUCCUCCUAGAGAUGUUGCCGCCUUCAGGGGGCGUCCUAGGGGCGACAGGGCCGCCUAGCAGCGGAUGUGACCCCAGGGACCCUCCCAGUGCCGGCUCCCUCAGGGACCAUACCCAUUGCCCCCUAGGUCCCUAUGGCAUGCUUGGAUAUUGUGGAAGGCGGGGUCGAGAGGGGCUCCUCCAGGUACAGCCGAGCUUCCAUGGGCCUCUCAAGGACGGCAAUGCUCCUAGGGACCCUCACAGGGACGGCGGCGCCCCCAUGGGUCCUGCUAUGGGCACUGGCAACCCUAGGUGCCCUCAUAGGAACAGCCAUGAUCUCUGGGGCCUUUCCAGGGACGGGGGCGCCUCCAGGUACGUUCCGAGGGACCGUGGUACUCGCAGAGGCCCUGCCAGCGGCGGUGACGCCUUCAGGGCCCUUCCAGAGGCGGUGGCUCCCCCAAGGUCUCUUUAA